UGGAAUAAGUUACCAAAAAUGGAACAUCUUCCUCAUGUAAGCCUAGAGCAUGCUGCUUUGUCUCCAAAUGUCACUUAUAUUCGCUGGAAAGUUCAUGGAGAUUGGGUUGCUCAGCUCAACUACAAUGAUUCUAUGAAAGCAAUCAUUUCUGCCUCAAGCCAUGAGUCUACAGCCUUGGUGAUAGGCUGUGUUAUUGGAGCUACCAACAUUGAACAACAGAUGAAAGAAAUAAAAGAACAUGGGAAGGAUCUGAAGGCAAGGAGAUGGCAGGCGAGCCUAGGAGCUCCCUCUAGUCGAGCCGAGGGGGAUCAGAUUGUUUUUCGAGUUCACAAAGGGGUGAAAACAUUUGCUGUCAGUAAAAAGAACAACCUCAUAGUAACAGGAGGAAUGGAUCGAAUCAUUCGAAUGUGGAAUCCUUAUAUGCCUGGAAGGCCAACAGGUAUGCUUAGAAGCCACAUGGCCCCUGUUUUCUAUGUCUACAUAUCUGAAGAAGACAAUAAAAUAUUUUCCAUUUCAACUGACAACAUGGUUAAGAUAUGGGACAUUGAAGAUCAGAGUUGCCUAUUCACAGCCUGUUCAAAAAACAAUGGAAUUAAAGGAGAAGUCAGUGCUUGCCACUACAUCUCAAGUACCAGAUCACUUUGUGUUGCCGCGGAUGCAUUGGCUGUUCUUCAUCUAAGAUUAAGCUCGCCUCCAGAUCCCAACUUGGCGAUAUCUCACAAGGAACCAGUUUUGUGCUGCAAAUACAACAAAGUGUUCAGGCAUGUGGUGAGCUGCUCUGAGGGCUCUGUGGUCAAAGUGUGGGAUUUUGAAAGUGGAAAGCACUUGUUUGAAUUUGGCAGUGCUCAUGGUGGCUCCGCAAUAACCUGCCUUACUUUUGACCCUAGUGGAAGAAGACUUAUAACAGGAGGAAGGGAUGGCUGUUUGAAAAUAUGGAAUUACAAUAACGGACAUUGUUUGCACACUUUGAAAAGGGAAGACAAAUGUGAAGAAAUCUGUGACUGCACAUAUGUGGAGGUGAAUCGAAACAAAUAUAUCAUAGGUGUUGGAUGGGACAGAAAAAUAAACAUGUUUUAUGAUUCCACAGACAACUUCUAUCACCUCCAGAGACCUCAAGCCCAUUGGCUGGAUGAUAUAAGCCAUGGACAUAAGGAAGAUAUUCUCUGCAUUGCUCAGUGUCCACCUACUCUCCUUGCCACGUCAAGUUAUGAUGGUGAAAUUAUUGUCUGGAAUACGAUCUCAGGCCACAUAUGCCAUAAAUUCCACACUCCUGUUCUCACUUCCUCUGUUUAUACCAAAACUGAAGAUGCAAGCGUUACUCAAGUACUCUUUCUAAAGACCCGUAUUGUGAAACAUGAAUCAGCAACAUCCUCUCUUAUUUCCAAUGGGCCACAAGGCUAUGUACACUUUUGGAGUUUGUUUUCUCAUGUUCCACUUGUAGCAAGCUUCACACCUUCUAGAGAGAAAUCCCUGAUCAGCAGCAUUGCUGUCACGGCUGAUGAUUCAUAUCUGUAUGCAGCAGACGAAGAUGGGUAUGUGCAUGUCCAUGACAUCAAAGAGUAUGCUCUUCAGGAUCUAGAACAAGAAGCACCAAAAUAUGUGAAUCACUGGAGAGCUCAUAUAAAGUCAGUUCUUUCGUUAGAGGUUAUAGAUGAAGAUAACAUCCUGUUAACCUGUUCUGCUGAUCGUACAGUUCGUUUGUGGAGUCUGGCUGGAGAAUACAUUGGAACUUUUGGUCAGGUAGAACCUUGGGAUAUUUUUACUCCCAUCUCCUGGAAGCACCCCAUGGUUCCUUAUGAGAUUCUGAUUGAUCCACAAAGUAUGCCCAAUCACCCAGUGCUAGGGGGAGAGUCUUCUGGCUUGCAGAUUACAGACAAAGAUGAGAAUACUCAGGACACAGCAAACUGUAACCUCAGGUUUUCCGAAGUUAUCAAUGAAGAUAUGAAAGAAGAAAUCAACAAGCGAUUUCCCACACAAGCACCAAGUAGGAGGCUGAAGCAUGAACGUUCCAAACUUUUAAACAGACUGGUUAGCCAUGGGAAGCCAAACACUUACCACACCAUCAACUAUUAUGAAAUAGACAGUCUCCCUGGAAACUGCAAGAAGCCUGACUUGUCGAUUCUUGGGACAGACAUCUUUAACGCUCAUUACCAAAGAGUAGCUAAGCCAUAAGCACAUCAUUUGCCAGGGUGGUGAA